GGCCCUCCGCGGCCCGGGCAACAUGGCGGCCCCCGGAGCGCGCGGUGGUAGCCUGUCGGGCCUACUUCACGCGCAGACCUCGCUGGAGUACGCGCUGCUGGACGCCGUCACCCAGCAGGAGAAGGACGAGCUGGUCUACCAGUAUCUGCAGAAAGUGGACAGCUGGGAGCAGGACCUGGCGGUGCCCGAGUUUCCGGAAGGAUUAGACUGGCUAAACACAGAAGAACCUAUUUCUGUCUACAAGGAUCUCUGCGGGAAAGUGGUCGUCCUUGAUUUCUUCACGUACUGCUGUAUAAACUGUAUUCACCUGUUGCCUGAUCUCCACGCAUUAGAACACACAUACUCUGAUAAAGAUGGUCUUCUGAUCAUUGGUGUUCACUCAGCUAAGUUUCCAAAUGAGAAGGUUCUAGACAACAUUAAGAGUGCUGUUCUUCGAUACAAUAUCACACACCCUGUGGUUAAUGAUGCAGAUGCCAGCCUUUGGCAAGAUCUUGAAAUCUCCUGCUGGCCAACACUGGUUAUACUUGGACCUCGUGGAAACAUGUUGUUUUCCUUGAUUGGAGAAGGACACAAAGAUAAAUUGUUUUCAUAUACUUCAAUAGCUUUGAAGUAUUAUAAAGAUAGGGGACAGAUCAGAGAUAGUGAGAUUAGAGUCAAACUCUAUAAAGAUUCUCUGCCACCUUCACCAUUGCUGUUCCCUGGCAAAGUGACUGUAGACCAUGGUACUGAUAGACUGGUAAUCGCAGAUACUGGACACCAUAGAAUUUUGGUCAUUUCGAAGAAUGGACAAAUUCAACACAGUAUUGGAGGACCUAACCCAGGAAGAAAAGAUGGAAUCUUUUCAGAGUCAUCUUUUAACUCUCCACAGGGCGUGGCUAUCAUGAAUAAUACCAUAUAUGUGGCAGACACUGAAAACCACCUUAUAAGAAAGAUUGACCUAGAAGCUCAGAAGGUGAGCACUGUGGCGGGCAUUGGCGUUCAAGGUACAGAUAAGGAAGGAGGAGCACAAGGAGAAGAGCAGCCCAUUAGCUCCCCGUGGGAUGUUGUUGUUGGAACAUCAGGUUCAGAGGACCAGAGAAGCGCUGUCCUGUGGAUAGCCAUGGCAGGGACUCAUCAGAUAUGGGCACUCCUUCUGGACUCUGGCACACUGCCAAAGAAAAGUGAGUUGAAAAAAGGAACCUGCCUUCGGUUUGCUGGGAGUGGAAGUGAAGAGAAUCGGAACAAUGCAUAUCCUCACAAGGCAGGCUUUGCCCAGCCUUCAGGCCUCUCUCUAGCCUCUGAAGAUCCCUGGAACUGCCUCUUUGUAGCAGACAGUGAGAGCAGUACAGUGAGAAGUGUCUCACUGAGAGAUGGAGCAGUGAAGCACCUUGUAGGAGGAGAACGCGAUCCCAUGAAUUUAUUUGCUUUUGGUGAUGUUGAUGGAGUGGGCAUCAGUGCAAAGCUUCAGCACCCACUUGGGGUUGCAUGGGACAAGAAGAGCAGUUUACUGUACGUAGCAGACUCCUACAAUCACAAGAUUAAAGUUGUGGAUCCCAAAACAAAAAGCUGUACAACAUUAGCAGGGACCGGGGACACGGAUAACACUGUCAGUUCCAGUUUUCCGGAGUCGCCUUUUAAUGAGCCAGGAGGCUUGUGUAUCGGGGAGAAUGGCAGGUUGUUAUAUGUGGCAGACACUAAUAAUCAUCAAAUCAAAGUGAUGGAUUUAGAAACAAGAACGGUUUCUGUGCUCCCUGUCUUUAAAUCAGACAGUGCUGUGGUGGAUGGCCCCUUCCCUGCAGAGAAACAGAAGACAGUACCCAAAGUGCCGAGGUCUGCCCCGAACAUUCAACUAUCCCCAGUGAUGGUGUGCCCUGGGCAGACUCUGCAGUUCAAACUGAGGUUAGACCUUCCAUCAGGAACAAAGCUGACCGAAGGAGUACCCAGCUGCUGGGCCCUCACAGCUGAAGGCAAUGAGUGGCUUCUUGAAGGACAGAUCCCAUCUGGAGACAUAGAGAACCUUUCCAAUCAACCAACAAUUUCACUACAGAUUCCUGCCCAUUGCCUGUCACUGGAAGCUGUGAUCUCUAUCAGCGUGUUUCUUUAUUACUGUAGUGCAGACAGCAGUGCUUGCAUGAUGAAGGGGAUUUUGUUCAGUCAGCCUUUACAGAUAACUGAUACCCAGUCAGGCUGUGCAACUCCUGUGGAGCUCACCUAUGUGUUUUAGCAGGCCAGCUCACAGCCCUCACCACUUCCCCGUCUUCCAUCCCUGCUGUCUGGCAUUCAGGAAGAAUGCACUUUUUCUGACUCUGGAUCCUAAGACACCAUUGCUCAGUUUGGUAGUAAAAUAAAAUUAUGCACCUUACUAACUUUUUAAUUAUAAACAAAUUCCUUCAUUUUAGUAGUGUACUAGCCCAGUCAUUGACCAUCAUUUAAAUAAUAGUACUGUAAUCUUUGCUGCUAUUUGGUACAAGGUUGCAGCCCACACUAUAUCACAGAAUAUUGUUAUAAUUUGCGGUCAGUACUAAUAAUACAAGGUAUUUUCACUAACUUUUUCUACCUUUAUUAGUAGCAGUCAUCCCAUUUCAUGUGAAAUUUCACAGUAACUUUAGAUAGGCCCAAGCUUUAGUGUAUGUGUUUGUAUAAAGACACCUGCCAUUUGAUGUAUACAGACUGUUAAGCCAAAACAAAAAGUUAUUUUCAUUACAGUAGAGCCUUAAAGAAUGCAAAAGUGGUUACAUGGUAUCUCUUCUGUGACUUUUCUCAUUUGAGAUACUUUCAGAAGAGACUUUUGAUCUAUUUUUUAUUAUAAAUGAUUUGUUUUACCAUACCGUUAGCAAUGCCUUAUAAUUUUAUGCAGGGAGAAGCUGACAUAGCAUCUCCAUGAGCACACAGGCCUAUCUUAGAACUGUUCUUAAUGACAUGUUCCUACCAAGUAAUGCCUCCAUCCCCAGAGACAAAAUGACUUUCAGAAGGGACACAGGAUACAUUAUUGUCUGUGGCGAUUUAUUGUGGUGGCUGGAUUUGAUAUAAGUGGAUGUGUAUGUCAUUUGAGAAAUUUAUAUUUCACGUAUAAAAGAUUAAAUGCAGGUUUGUUGGGUUUAGAAUUUUUUGUUGUUAUUUUGGCUCCCAUAUUUAGAGCUUAAAUUAUGAUCAUUAAUUGUGAUGUGAAAUGUCAUUUAAACCUUCAAAUUGCUAUUUUCAGUUUAAAAUACAUGCAAUUGACAGGUGUAUUUAUCCUAAUAUACCAUCUUUUAAAUUAUUAGGACUGAAACACAAUAAUUUGCACACUGUUUUUGGAAUAUGUUUUAACUCCAAAAGACAGCCAUUGAAGAUAUUGGAAGUCUAUUAUUAUACUAUUGUUGUUGUCAUUAUAGAUUGUCUUUAUAACUGUUUAAAAGCUGAUUUUUGUUUUCUUAAAACUGAUUCAGCAUGUUUAUGAUUUAAUCAGAUGACAGAUUUCAGAAACAUCAAGGGAACCCUAACCCUAUUUAUUCAGUAGUUAUCUAUAGACAAUCUGCCAUAAUGUACGUCCCCUCCUUUGACGAAAGUGCUAAAUUUGAAGUAUAAUUGUUGAAGCAUUAGUCCACCCAUUUAUUUAUUUUGUGAAGUAGUUUUGAUAUGUCAUGUUUGCUUCCAUAAUUUAUGGAGUUAGCUAAAAUCUCUUUACUGAGAAUGUAUAGUUCAUGACUUUGGUUUAGUUCAUAACCUGCAGAAGCUGUUUUUAAAGAGAAAUACAAAUGUAUAAUGCAAAGGAAUCUUGUUUAAAAUGAUACAUAAUUACCUCAAACCCUUUCUUUCCAGAACCAACCAAAAACUAAUGUUGUGUAAUAAAACCGUGUGCACUGCUGGUGUUCCUUUAUGGGACUCAACUUUAGUUACUGUGUAACCUCAUCCUGAUCUGUUGUAUUUCUCAUUCCAGUUGGUCAGGAUGAGAAAGCUUUGGCUCAAUUAUUUUCUCUUUAAGCACAUAAACAGUCUCACUCUCCAGGACAAAGUGUAUGCAGUUUAACCAAUGUGGGAAUGACUGAUAAUUUAUUUUCACUAUAGUAAAAAACAAAUAUGAAUUAUGUAUUUCCAUGUACAUUAAAGAUGCAAAAAUGUUGUUUAGAAUCCAUUAAUUUUCCCUUUGUCUAGGUGGAAUUUUAGGUUAGUUUUAAGCUAAUAAUGCUUCUGGGUUUUCAAUGGACAGUUUCUCUGAGCGUGUUCAUUCUCACGCACUCUCCAUCCACCUGUUGUUCACAUUAAAAUAUUAUUUGUAAUGGAUUAACCUGAAUUUGGAAAAAAAAAUCACGCUGAUGCAAUAUAACAGGUUCCUAGAAUUUAUGAUUGCUAUAACCCUCUUUCAUAAGAGGAAGCACUAAAGGUUAUUUUAAAGACUUGAUCCAUGUCUGCCUUCCCUUUUCAAUAAGACCUUUUUUUUACUUUUGCUUUUCUUGUGGCAUAAAUUGUGGCCAAUGAUAGUUUUAAAAGAGGAAAAUUUUAGUGUAAAUCACCUUAAUUAAAAUGCCAGUGAGGGGGCAUCACAUACAUUGCAUACAAUACCUGAUAUUUUGUCACUUUUUUCCUCCUGCUUGUGAUGUCAUUUCACGACCAGAUCAUUUUUAAAGUUUAUACUCAGAAUUGAUACAAUUCCUGAGAAGUUUUAUUUGUCUUGAGUAUUCUGUCUCAAGCAAAUAUUUAGCCUGUUCACAAGGGAAAACACUGCAUUUUAAUUACUCAUUAGUGCAGCUUUGGCAAAGUUCAGUGACUAUGAAAAACAGUUUUCUCCUUAACUGAAAUAUAUAGGAUAGGAUUAUAAGGCCUUCCAAAAGCUAUAAAUCCUAAUGCAGCCAAAAAGUUUAAUAUGCAUAGAUGAUUGUGUCCACAUGGCUAUGUGCUCAGAUAUAAAGAUCAAUUCAAGUGCUUGUUUAUAUUUAUUUCAUGACCAGUCUACUUUUGAACUCAUUCCAUUGAGAUGUUAUUCUUUGCCUACUUUUGCAAAGUUGGAAAUUUAGGGAGCAUAAUGAAAAUAUUGAUCUAUAAUAUUUUUCCAUAUAUGCAGAAUUUACUGUUUUUGUCUGUCAAUUUGAAAGACUUUAGCUAUUGUCUUUGGCAUUCUGUUUAAGAACAAUUACCAGAGACUGGGGUUGUAAUUAAGUUGGAGAGUGUAUCUUUAGCAUGUGCAAGUGUUCUGGGUUCAAUCCUCAGUAAAAAACAAAAUAGUAAAAGCUAAAAUUUUAUAGUUCGCAGUGACAGAAAUAGUUGCAGGGGGACUGUCAGUAAUGCUUCUGAAUGUUGAAACUGGGUAUUUCGUUUGAAUUCUACUUUUCUAUAUUUUUUCAGUGAUCACUAUUUUAGAAAAAAGUCUGAUGUUUUCAAAGAUCUAAAGUAAACAGAAUCAUUAGCAUUAAUAGAAUAGCACUUCCUAAAUUAUUAGCAAAGAUCAGGGAAUAUUUUAGAGUCCUUUUAUCUACCAAUUUCCUUUAAAGUUUGUGGCUAGAUGAGGACAGAAAGAGUCCAGCUCUUCAGGUGUUUUCAUCGUGUAGUGCAGUGUAGUGGUAGCAAGUACGGGCUAUGUAGUAGCUUAGGUUCCAGUCCCAUAAAGCAGCUGCUGUCCUGGCUUGUGGGUUGCUGCAAGCAUGCAGUGCAGUGUUCACACAGCGUUUAGCAUUUAGUAAUUUAUGAAAGUGCUACUUAUCGACUUAGUUAAUAAUGAUAAUGAUUUAUAGCUACAAGCACACGGCUUGACAGUUUCUUUACAACUGAGUUUCUAAAGCAAAAUAUUUCUCUGUCAUGUGAUAUGUUAGUAUUCCUAACAGAAUUGGAGCUCAAGAAGUAAAAGGAUGUUGUAUGGUAUAUUACUAUUUAAAAACAAUAUUAUUAUUGUAAAGAAGCAUCCCUACAGCUGUAUUAAAAUUUUUAAAAAGAACUGGAAUUCUAGGCAAUAAAUUUACUUCAAAGAGGUUCCAGGCAUACCCUGACACCAUCCCACACUCCCACAGCAUGCACCCAACAACUUGUACCAGAAUCCUGGUCUCUUAACCAGUGUCUCCCUAUGGGGUGCUCCGGGAUCCUCAGAGUCUUUCACACUGCCUCAGUGGGGCUUUAGCCUAACUUGUAGAUGAGAUAGGUAGAUGUGUGCCUUGUGCAGACAAGGGAGCUGCUUUGAGAUGUUGGUGGCAUGUCUGAAGAUCUAGGCACACACUGCCUAGAGCAGGGCCUGGUGUGCAGGUGCUCAGCUUGUCAUGUGAUCAGAAUGACCAGUGAGCAGCAGCGCUUUCCUGACCUACAGGAUGUAGAGGGGACACAGCCAUGAAGGAGGAGAGCCUCCGGGCCACUUCCUCACACCUCCAAGGAGAGGGACAAGAAGAACAGCUGUGUUUAUUGAGUUCUUACAGUCCCUGCUAUCACCAGGAUUGCUUUCUAAGUGCUGGAAUGUAGUAACUCACAUGCAGCCCUCGCAGUAAUCUUUCGAGGGAGGGGCUGCUUUGCCUUUUGUAGGAAGCAGAGGCCUAGUUAGGCAGUCAUACCAGCAACCAGGGGCACACACUUAGGAAGUGGCAGAGCCUGGUUAAUUUUCUGCUCAACUACCUGCUGUGUUCCUUUCAAACAAAUGUACAUGCUUCCUGGCUUGAUGUAGUAACAUCAAUCCAGAGAGAAUUCCAGGAGUCCUGGUAAUGAUUGUUUUUGAAAUUCAGAUAAAUUUAUAUUAUUUGACUUUUUAUAUUCUUACCAUACAGGCCUUGGAAUGGUCUAUAUAAUUGUUUCCCAAAAGAUUUCACGUACCUUUCAUUUCAGACAUUUUCCACAGUUUUUUCUUGGCAAAUGGACAUACAGGAAUGCCAGUUAGUUCCAGCAGCGCUGUUCAGGUGGGCUGCAGAUGGUAAUUAAGACCUCAUCAUAAAGAAUAGCUAAGUGUUUUGCACAGGACAAACCCUGAGAAGCUUAUUCAUAUUUUAGGACAUUUGUUUUAUGAGCCAAAGUGAGCUCUAGAAGUGUAAAGUCUUCAGUUCUCCUGCUUCACAAAUACUGGUGCAUAAACUACCUCCCAGUGACUCAGAUAUAUGCAGUUCUGUUACAAUAAAAUUUUUCCAGGGUCAGUCUAGCACUGGAUACUGUUAAAAUGAGUGAAGCAAAAUGCUGCAUGCCAGUGAUGAUUUUUCAUGGUCAUCCCUGUGCAGAAUGUGUUUGUUUUCAUGGUCAGGUACCUAGAUGGUGAAGUGGCGCAGUGGUACCAAGAGGAAUACAUACCAUGUCAUCAAAUUCCAUUCCUAAAGUCCAUAAGGAAACAAACCUGAGCUUAGGAAAGUGAUAGUCAUAGCGUCUGUUAAGGUAGACCUCCCUGCUCAUCACCAAGAUUGCUUUCUCCACCUGUGCCACAGCUUGAACAGAGAAUUAGCACUAACCACAAAUCACUUGUUUUACCCUGGCUUAAUGAAAAUCUUGCUUUUCUCCUGUUUCUUUGCAAUAGGGUAAUAGAAAGGAUGGUAGUAAAAGUUAGAGCCUUGAGUGAUCCGACUAUAUGCAGUCUGUGGCUGGCAAGCCUGGGCCCUUUCACAUACAGACUUGCAGUUUGGACUGGUGCCUCUGGCUCUCUGGUGGCCAUACUGACUGCAGAGGCUGAUGAGGAGCAGGAGACAGCUUUGCGCGGGCUUUUCCAGUGCAGCCUUCCCUUAGCGGGUGCCUUGGUUUAAUCAUUGUCAAAGGUUAAAGUUGAAAAGCCAAAACCCUGGAUUCUCGUGGACUGUUUGCUAGUUACAGUUACUCGUUGCUCGCUGUGUCCUCUUCUUCCCUGGCGUGUUACUCUCCAGUGUGUCUAAGGGUAUUCUCUGCUCUUGAAAGCCUCGGGACCCAAAGGGUAAGCAAGCACUUCUAAAUACACUUCUACCUGUAUACACCAUCAGUCUUAGGUUAGAAAGUACUAAAACAUGAAAUGAGCACUAAAUUGCCUUAUACCCAAAAGGUGUAAAAGACAGUCUUGUGACUGUCUGGGUUUGGUAUGAAUUCAUGAGCCUAGUUAAGAAAUAGAGUUAAGCAAAAUUGAUUUUGAAAACUUGAAGCUAUAAGUAGUCUGGACAGUUUGUAUUUUAAUGUGCUUAGUUACAACUUUCCAUUCAAAAUAAAGUAAAAGGAGAACUCAGUGCCUAGAAAGAAAAAAAUUAACCCUCUGAGAUAUGGCCAGUUAAAAGAGGAUUUUUGUUAUUUACCUAGUUCCAUGAGGAAAUAUGUUGACAUAAGACAAAGUAGUCAAAGUAUUCCAGUGAGGGUAAGAAUAGAAAAGUGUUAACUUUGCCAUUGAAGUGUCUCCUAUUUUAAAAUUUGUUGUCCUAUCCCAGCACCCAUAUGGCAGCUAACAACUGUCCAUAACUCUAGUCCCAGGGGAUCCGACAGCCUCUUCUGACCUCUGCGGGCAUUGCACGACAUGGUUGCACUUACCUACAUGUAGGCAAUACACACAUACACAUAAAAUAAAAAUAAUAAAUAAAAAAUUUUUUAAAGUUUAAAAAAAAAGUGUUCUUAUUUUUAGUCCCAUCAGAAACAAGCCAGUUUUUGUUUACAUAGGGAGUUGAGAUGUGUUGUUCAUGUGUGCCUAUGAUGUCCAUCAUUGGAGUCUACCUGCAGACACAACCCAGUACUUCCUCUCGGCACCUUAGGCUCUCAUCUCUGUAGAAGCUUUCAGUGAGGAACUAUGGGUCCACAAAUGCCCAUGAAUAUGCAAAGAUGAUUUUGUGAUAAACUGUUUUAAGGUUUUAAAUCCCUCUGCUAGAGCACAUCUAGAGCCAACUUAGAUAUCCUCAUGUCAUUACUUCACUGCGGUUGUAGUCAGAUCAAACUGUGCUGUGUAAUUGAGAUUUGCAUCUAUUUAUCACUGUUUGAAGUUAUAAUAUUUCAUAGACAUGUCAAACUGUAGCAACUCGGGCUGUCUCAUACCCUCUGAGUGUGGAUCAGGUUUGUAAUUCCAUUUGGGAGGCUAGCAGUGGUCUGCUGUGCUGAUGUCUUACCUGUCAUAUUCCGAAGUUUGAAUUAUACAUCCAUCCUCCCAGUGGUUGACAGUGCAAUAGAAAUUGAAUUUGCUAGUUCAUAUAUUGGUAUUUUAGACAUGGUUAGUUCUAAGAGUUUACUUGCUGUGCAUUUUUUAAGUGUUUAAUGUAGAUGGAUUACUAUAUUUUUAUGCAUCCCUGUCUGCAUUUAUUUCCAGGCCAAACCCUUGAGUGGCUUUUUUAUUCAGGUGCAUUUGUUAGCUGGGAAGAGAGCACAAUGGCCUUCAGCAGCUCAAAAGAAGUGUCCCACAUGGGGUCAUGGAGAGCAAGAAUAUGUUUAUACUGUACAUGGAAGCCUAAAGCUUCUUUUCUAAAGCUUUGUAGUUUUUUCAUAAAAUGGAUUAAAUAUUUUCUCUCUGAGUCUA